AUGUGGUUUCCAAGUUUGUUUCUUGUCGAAGGUGACCCCAAGAUAUUUGACUCUCAAGAACCUACAACCAUGUCUGCUGGUAUCCUCAACACGACCAUCAGCACCACCACUAACACCAACAUCUGCUGCCAGGACCUUCCUUGGAGCAACGACUCUGCCCACGUGACAUAUAUGUCCAGCGUUGCCAUUGCAGUACUAGCGAACUUCCACCUCAUCUCAAUACCUUUGAUCAUCUGUCUGGGAGUCCUGGGAAAUCUGCUGGCAUUCUUCACGUUCGUCAGCAAACCCUUGAGGAACACCUCAUGCAGCCUCUAUCUGGCAGCGAGGUCUGCGUCAGAUAUCGGUUUCCUAUUGGCGCUCUUCGUCACGUGGUUGGGCGACGCCAUGGGCGUGUUGAUCUACCACACGAAUGUCAUCUGCCAGUGCGUGUUGUUUCUGUCCUACGUCUGCGGAUUCCUAUCCGUCUGGCUCGUCGUUCUGAUAACCGCGGAGAACUACAUCAGGAUCUGCCACCCGUUCACCGUCUCGCGUCUGUGCACCGUGCCGAAAGCCAAAGCUUUCAUAAUCGGAUUUACGGUGGGCGGCGCCAUCAUAUUCCACUUCCCUCUGUGGAUCACGGGACUGAACAACAUGAACGGGACCGUGGUGUGCAACUUCUUCCCUCAGUACGUGGAGAUCACGCGAACCCUGACCCACAUCGACACCGUCAUCAGUCUGGUGAUCCCUUCCAUCGUGAUCCUCACUCUCAUGGUCCUCAUCACGCACAGCUUCAUCAAGUCUUUCAAGCGCCAGACGAGACUGCGCCAGGGCCAGAACGCCGUGAACGGCCGCGAAGGAUCCAAGAAGAAGACUUCGCCCCAGGCCAAAGUGACGAGGAUGUUGUUCGCGGUUUCUUUCAUCUUCCUCUCGCUGACUCUGCCUAGCUACAUCAUCCGCUUGAGGAUUCUGCUCCUGACGUUCGAAAACAAGCAGUCGUCCUCGCCGACGGUGGACCAGGUGAUGCAGGUCAUAUUCCAGAUAGUGUAUUACCUCAGCUUCGCCGUCAACCUAAUCGUGUAUCUCGUCUGCGGAGACAACUUCAGGAAGGUGUUUGUUGACAUGUACAUAGCCUGUUUUCUCCGGUCGAGGAACCCGAGGAGGAAACCUGAGUUUUCCCACACGUCUUUCACCACUGUACGGCUUGAGGCACCGGAAGCUGCUCAAGUGAAGGAGGAGGAGGAGACGUCACUGACCUGA